CGGCCGUCGAGCGGUGAGCACAAGGCAUGAAGUCACUGAAUACGAAUCGUUGAGGAUAAUGCCUGUUACCCAUGAGGUAUGGGUAGCGCCUGAGAUUUGCAAUGAUUUGCACUUUUGCCUUUUGGCUUUUCAGCCGUGUGGGAUAAUUUAAAUAACGGUGAGCAACUCCAUACUGAUGACGAUAGGAUGGGGACGGUUCGAUGACGGUGAUGCCGAUGCUUCUCCGUCCGUACCUAGCAUAACAUUUACGUACAUGCGCCUGUUGCGUACUCGUAUAAGGCAUGCAUCCAUCCUUCUCCUGCCUUCCUCGCCCCCCCUUAAUCACCAUAUCUUCCUUCACUUGCUUCAUACCCAGCAAAAGGGGGUGUUGAUCGAUUUCAAUAGUCUGCACUCCUCGCACCUGCUGUGCUCUACCGGUUCUACCAGUCAGAAAUAUCUACCACUGCACCUUUCGUCAACUCCUUCUCCCUGUUGUGUCGGCCACAUGCAGUCUUGUUCAUGCGCAGGGCAAAUGGGAACCCAUCCCGAGGAAUCCGCUGAACACGUUUUUAGCGCCUUACCCGGCACCAUGGACUGACAAGAGGAGACAUCAAAUCAUUCCUUGGGACGUGGCUUUUAAUGAUGACAGAGGUGAUUCAACUGGCGGUGCUGGUUCGGGCUAUCACAAAGACCUUCAGGUGUACGGAGUAGGGUUACAGAGUACGCUGAGCACUCGCCUAGGAAGUAUGACGUGUAACUUGCUGGCCUGUCUUGGUUACUGGAACACUGGCGUUGUCAUCGGUCAGACCACACAGCCUUGAAGUACGCCGGCUGAUUGCUCUGCUGACGAGGUUGGAUCAAUGGAAUAGGCUAUCGGCGCCGGACGGGGCGGUCGGCCUCGUAGGUAAGGUUGUUGGUUGAAUCUCACGCUACUAACAACGGCCUAAGAGCUACUAGGUAGGGAACUGUUGAGAAGAGAUUCUGUGACAUAACUGUUAGUUCCCGUUAGCUCGUUCCUUUUCAUUCCCUUUCAUCCAUAGAGAAGACGCCUGCAUCCUCUGACAUCAUAGGGCCGUCCGUUUACCCUAAACGGAACACUUCCAAGACGGCAGUUCUCAGGGGUAGAUCAUGAUGGAAACGCAUAGACAAAGAAUAAAGGAGGCUUGUCUCAAAAGCACUUGGUCGACAGUAACGAGGUUCAAUGGAAAUAACAAACGAGACGACCAAGUCGACUUGUCGGGUAUUUCGUAAGAAGAAAGGCAGAGAAAUCCUUGAUAAUUUCUUCUUCUAGCCACGAGUAGUGCUCUAGUGGAUAGAGCGACGCUGUGCAAAAUAACCUUGGAGGAAACGCACAGGUUGCUAUUGUUGUUUUGUUGGUCUCACUGUUUGCUGUAUUGACAGACUAAGACCGAGUGUCUUUGAGAGGUUUCUUGUCCGAGUACACCCCCGGAGUAUAAAUCUGGGUUAACAUUGAUAUACAGGGCGAAUGUCUAUAAAUAAAUGCGUGGUUAAAGUACCUGAUGUCAAACGGAAAGGAUAGUAAAUAUGAAUAAUGAAAACUGGGGAUUUGGGAGGUCUGAUAGUUAUCCGUGCCCCCGCUGAGUUGGCUUUCGAUAUAUCAUCUUCGCCCAUGCGCAUCGACACAUAUACAAUCAUACGAUCCUCAGCACGAGAGCACGAAAUACAGAUAAUUGACUCCAGCACAGAGUAUGAUAGGUAGAGAUAUGGAUGAAGUAUGAGCUGAGGUGUCCUUGAAACCUGUAGCCGGGAGGAGCUAACCUGCCGGCUAACCGCUGUCCAUGCAAAUACACAAGUAACUUCUCCAUACCCGUCUUGACACUGUUGCAUCCAACAGACAGAUACCAUGGAUUGCGAUCAGGGACACAUCGUGUUUGGCUCGCUUUCAGGGAACCAUGGGGCCCUGCUUUGGUUUUAGGUAGCUUGCCGUUUCAAUCCA